UCGUGAAUAACCUGCCGUUGCCGAGGUCUCGCUUCUUUAACUCUGUGCUGACGUGAGCGUGAGCGCGGACUUUUUUCGUAAGUGCCUAGUCAUAGACAAUAUACGAAAAAUGCCACGCAAACAUAUUUUUUUAUAAAAAUAAUGUAAAUUGACAGAAAUCAAAAAUUACCACAUGUGCGAAUAAAAUUGCAAAGAAAAUUUCCUUCAGAUCUGAAUUUUUUAUAAUUUGAUGGUGUCAGUGAAAUCUAUUCUUAGAUUUAAUUCAUCAGAAGGACAUCCUGGUAACAUUCCAAAAACAAACUUGUUCGUGUGAUGAUGAACUUGUGAACCGGCGUUGCUUGGCGUUUUCGUGAGAGAGUUUUUGUGUUCAUUCUUUGUUCGAUUUAAAUGUCGCAAAUGAAAUAAUCAACUUCCAAAAGUGUGAGUUUUAUAGUAUUUUGUUUUCCGUAGUGUAGUUUUUACAAUAAAGAACAAUGAUAAAUAACGAAAUGGAGAAUGGCGGUGGGGACGCCAAUUCUAAUGUGUCACCGACCAAACUCAUGGUCAAUUACAUACCAGAACUGAUGACGCGGGAUAUGAUGUACGCUUUAUUCUCUGCAAUGGGCAAGAUCGAGAGUUGUAAACUGAUUGCUAACAGAGGUUACGGCUUUGUAGAGUACGAAAAUCACGAGGAUGCCGAGAAGGCCCGGACAGCGUUCAACGGCCUUUUGAUGCAAGGAAAAACUUUAAAAGUAUCCUUCGCUCUGCUCAACCCCGAAAACAAAGUCAGCCACAAACCAGAUACAGAAUCCAAUUUAUACAUUAGCAAUUUACCUCCUGAUAUGACAUUAGAACGCCUUAACGCUUUGUUUAGUCAGUUUGGAAAUAUAACUAACAGUCGUGUAUCUCAAGGAAUCGGGUUCGUAUGUUUCGAGAGCCGACAGCAGGCAGAGGAAGCAAUAAAACAUUUGAAUGGACAGACACCAAUUCCAGGUGCCGGUCCAAUAGUUGUUAAAUUCGCCAAUAAGCCGAAUUCUAACAAAAAUCCUCCUCGACCGGUGCCAAGGAUGGGCGUCGCGACACCCAUAGCUUACAAUGGCACUACAGCAGUUUUCAAUGGAACAACACCGGCAGCCUUCAAUGGCACGAAUCUAAGCGCGGCUUUCGGCGCGCGCCCUGCUGCUUUCGCGCCAGGUUUCCCGCAGGCCUCGCCGCCACCUCUACUGCCUUCACCAGGCAAGGCGUUACCAUUCAUCAACAAGGGUCAGCAACGCUUUAAUCCAAUGGCAGCAACUAACCACACUCCACUACCACUGCUGGGUGCCCCUGCGAGUCCUGUACCUUUGUUAGGUGCUCCACCAGCCCCACAUCAAACAACCGUGUAUGUAUAUAAUAUUGGUGAGGACACUGAAGAGCUUGCCUUAUGGCAGCUUUUUGGCCCAUAUGGUGCAAUUGAUUCAAUUAAAGUGAUCAAAGAUCCUGAAACAAAGAAAAACAAAGGGUUUGCAUUUGUUAAUAUGCGUGAAUAUGACGAAGCGGCGAUGGCUAUUCAGGCGCUCAAUGGAUACACGCUCAAUGGGCAGGUUCUAUCUGUUAGUUUUAAGACACAGAAAAGAAAUAAUUAGGAUGUGAAUGGACGUUAUAAACGUCUUUUUGUUUGUGAUCAUAAACAGGCCGAAAGCUUAAAGAAAAUUUCAUUCCAAUCUCAAAAUAUUUUUGUAGUCGAGAAGGAAGAUCCUCUAUUAUGCAUUUCAUAUUAGACGCAUAAGUAUUUUUGUAAGAUUUAAUAUAGUUUUAUAUUUGCAAUGAACAUGACUAUCUGUGAGUUUAGUUGGCUUGUCAGUAUCAUAUAUGUGUACCCACUUUUUAUCGUAUAAUAUGGUAUUAUAUUAUUGGACUAUGUAUGGACCUGUCGCAGUAUGUAUAUCUGAUUCGUUCAGGUGCUCGGGCACGCCCCGCCUCAGCUAGUCGCGUGCCCCUGCACCUGUUUUAGCCCUCCAGGUAUUUUAUUUUGUGUAAAACAAAACAUUGUAUGGUUUUAAUCUUUAAUAAAAUUCAUGUUUAAAUAGAUUUUAUUGUAUAUUUCUCUAUUUUUUCUAUAUACAACUUAUUCCAACCACCCCGUCAUCUCCUUAUUUACUUACAUAAUGUACUUAUACAUAAUAAUAAUACAUAUAAUUAUUUGUGGCAGUAGUUUUAACAUGUACUUAAUAUAUAAUUGUGUGUAUAUUGUCUGUCCGCGGCAGGUCAGCUGUGUAAAACUGCUUAAUUAUUGCAUGUUGUGUAGUGAAAGAGCAAAAAUAAGUUUAUUUGUUUAUGUUAACCACAGGGUUUAUAGCUCACGUUAUUGUUUUUUCCGCCAUUAAUUUACUAUUAAAUAUUAUUUUUGGCUCAAUUGCAAGUCAUGCCUUCUAGUUUCAGAAUUAUCAUGGUUCCGACGUAAAAUUAUUUAUUCCAAUGCGUCAUAGACGCAUGUCUAUAGCUUUAAUAUUAGGUUUAAAAGGCUUCCGAGUCAGUCCACUAGUGGUAAUAUAGUGUAACUAUAGACAUGCAAAUGUUAGUAUAGCAUUGGUAGCCAGCAUACCUUUUGUAUAGGACAAGAUCUCGUUAAAAUAGUGCCACAAAUACAAUUGUCCAUAUUAUAAAACUUUCAUGAGUACAUAGGUAACUGUUGAGCUGACCAUGAUUUCAAAGACUACAAAAAAUUAAUUUCCUUAAAAUAUUUUCGUAUGUGCCUAUUCCUCCGUGCCUACUUCGAUUUACCAGGCUACAGUUCUGAAUGUUUUAUAUCACCAUAAUUCUGGAAGUGCAAUAAGAAAGUAAGUAUAGGUACUAUGUGUAAGAUCUUGUGCAUGUCGAAAAGAUGGAUGAAAAGUUGAUUGAAAGAGUGUCGGAGCCAGAUUUCGCCGACUUAUAUAUCGCCGCCGAUAAGGAAGGAGCUGUUAUGUUUGUCGAUCGUGUAGUCUUUAGGUUAGUUGAAUAAAAAGAGUUAUGAAUGGGUCCACCUACGCCUCUUUCCUGGGGUAGUUCCAGGAAAGAAGCGUGAUUUUACGUUCAUGUGUCUUGUCGUGUAUGAAAAGUGAUUAUCGUAAGAAUCAGAAACCAAAUAUCAGUUAAGGAUCAUGAUAAAAUUAAUUACUUCUGUGCCGUGAGCACCAUUAUUAUUUACAAAAAUUGAACUUAUUAACUGAAUAUAAUGGAUAGAAGCAGUGGUUAAGAAAUGAUAAGUUUAUUGACGUGUGUAUGUGAAGAAAGACUACAGGGCGACAAAUUGUCUGUCUGGAAGGGUGGCACAACAGAAUUAAGAAAUAAAUCAAGGGGAACAGCAACUUCAUGACAGUUUUAAAUGUUCUAAAUUUUGAUUCGAAAUUAAACAUUGUCCAAAAAAAAACUAUUUGAGAUUUGUGGCUCUUAUAAUCAUGUUGAUUCCUCCUCCUCCCGUCUCCUCUUGUCGCAGUUCGUAUUUAAACAAAAUUCAUUCAGUCUUUUGUAUAAAUAAUUGCCAUGCUUGAAAGGAAGAUUGAUGCUUAAAAAGAAUAAGAAACAGGUGUGAUGGUAUUUAUGUAUGUGGCCAGAGCAGUAGGACGCCGACGCCGUUUGGGAGGAGUUGCCCCAUUUUCAAGGGCAAAGUUUGGAAAGUUGUGAACGACCCUUUUUCGAUACGGUAAUUACACGUUCGUUUUGACCAGAUUAUUACGUAGGCUCUAUUACACACUAUUCAUAAAUAUAAUUCUACUAGUUUUGAACGGAUUUUUUGAGAGAACUAGCCCCCAAGUAAAAAAUAACACAAAUCAGCACAAGUUUUCUUAAAUAGUGACAAAAUUAUUUUAUUAGUAGUAGUUGUACCUAUGAAUAAUUUUAAAGACUUCUGUUUUAGAAGAAACGUAUAAAAAUUAGAUCAGAUAUCCGUGUCAUACUUAUGCUGGAUGUAUCAUUUACCCCCUUUCCCUUUGCAAAUUUUGAUAAUGAAAUAAAAUAAUGAUAUUGAGGACAUUUAGCAAGGCAAGAUACCUAAUUAUCGAAUUUUUUCGUUUUACCGCGGCUCCCACGAUAUGUUAAUAGCAAUGAAUAACUGGAAACUGGUUGUUUUUUUGUAGCCUUGGAUUUUUCUACCGAUUCUAGUUUUAGGUGUAUUAGUAUCUGCCAAUUCAUCUUCAUCAUACGUAAUUCUUAGUUUAUUAAUAAACCGUUAUUAGAAAGUUCACAUCUCUCUCAACGAUAAAUGUUCCCAGUUUAAACCCUCCGCUUCAAGCAAAUUUUAGAUAUUCAUGUGAUAUAGUUAAAGAUAAAAUUAGAAACGUAGGUAUUAAAAAAAGGACUUGCUUCUACCUAACGUAGCGUGCAUAAUGAUAUCGACUUCGGAUUACAACAGUUCCAAAGGUCAAGGUUAUCGCCCACUAAAUGGACAAAAUGAGACCGAAUUAAUUAUAGAUGAUGAUCAAAUAUGGUCUCGUAACGAUAAAAGUAACAAAGUUGAAAGAUACGCAUAUCUGCAAUUCUGCAUGUGUUGUGUCACAAUUUAGUACUAUCCUGCUUAAGAAAGGAAAUAUUGAUAAGGACAAAAUGACAAAUACCACUAAUUGGUAUGGGUAAUGGACACACUUGAAUAGCAGGAUUGAGGAUCAGUUAAUUUAAUAAAGAGUACAUUGCAACACUCCUCGAAAAUCUGAUACUACAAACAAGAACCCAAAAGAAUGAGGUCCCAUAACUUUAUUUUCACAGAAUCAUUAAAAUGCUCUAGUGCGUCUUUGUUUACAGGGUGUCUUUACCGGCCUUUUAAAUUGCAUAUUUUACUGUGCUAGUCUUAUCUUUAUCAACAAGGAUUUUCAUGCCGUGUGGUUCCCGACACCAAUAUAAAAUAGAAUAGGACCACUACAUCUCAUUCCCCAUGAUGUCGUAAGAGGCGACUAAGGGAUUGGCUUAUAAACUUGGGAUUCUUAUUCUGGUUGAUGGGUUAGUAACCUAUUUGAAUCUCAGUUCUAUCAUAAAACCAAACAGCUGAACGUGGCCUAUCAGUCUCUUUAAGACUGUUGGCUCUGUCUACCCUGCAAGGGAUAUAGACGUGACUAAAUGAAUGAAUGGAUGAAAAAUAUAGAGUCAUCUCGAUCUCUAGACUUACCUAUCGUCGCGGCCAAGCUUAGAUACGGCUGAUACGGUCAAUGUGCUGUCUUGUCACAUGACAGGUUUGGAUUCCUUGGACCUAGUGGUCAAAGACGCGUUAUGUUCGUAUAAUUUAUUCUAUUCCCCCUCUCCUAUUAUCCGCACAUUGUUAAAGUUAUGACUAAUUUCAUCAUAAUAUAAGUUCUAGUAAAAAAGAAGCAUUUAUUAUCUUCGUAAGUGCGUUUGGAUGUCAUAAUGAUAAAAAGCCUACUAACCUAAGUAGGCUUUUUCCUUUCAAUCUUUUCCGAGACUUUUAAAAAAGGGAAAAUACGUGAUAUAUGAAUUUUAUGCUGAAGAUGGUGCUUUACAUUUCAGAACUUUAUAAAAAAUUCACUCGUAUAAUAAGACUUAAAUCUUUACAAUGCUAUUGCUAUAAAUAUAAAAUUGCAUAAAUUAAGACAGCAAUAACCGUGUUGUGUAAAACGAAAAAUAUCGAUAAUUUCCGUUCCCGAAGAAAUUUAGGGAAAUCGUCUUGUAGUGCUCCCCUGGACCACAUACGAAACGUCCAUACCAAAUUUCAAAGUCCGUCAGGUCCCGAAGUUUAGCUGUGAAAGCGGACAUACCUAUUUUCACAUUAAUAAAAACGUAAGGAUACAGAUCAGAGUGACUGACAUGUAAGUUCCAUAUGUGGUCUAGUGGUGCAUUAAGAAAGUAUUUUCCAGAAAUGGCUUGGUGCUUUGACACUAAUAAUAGAAAUAGUGCAUAUACCUACCUAGGUAGGUGUACAUAUAAAAAAUGUUAAAUAAAAUUAUUUGGUUUCUACAAAAAUAGCUGAUUAUGAAAAAUAUUCAUUUGUUUGGUUUAUCUUCAGAUAAAUAAGAGUAUUGGCUACGUGCCAUCGAAGUAUGAAUGAUGUGAUUCUGUGACACCACAAUAAAUGAAGAUGAAAGCGUAGGAUCGUAUGCUUUAACUUAGAAUUUCAAAAAAUAACAUACAGGUAAAUAUUUUUAGUGUCGUUGUAAUUGUAACUAACCAGAAUCAGACCGUAAAAGUAAUUUUUUUCUUGUUUCGAUAUUUGUUGUUUUAGCGAAAGAAACUGCAAAAGUCAAUGCACUGCAAAUCAACAGAUUUUUCUAACAUCGUUUCUCUCAUUAUUCCUAGUUUCACGCGUUUCUUAUUGUUUGUACAUAUUAUUGUAUGGAAGAGAGCGGAUAUAUAUUUCUUACGGAAAGUGCGACGCGUUACCUAAUAUACUUUUAUUAAAACACAACCUUGACCAUGCCAUGAUGCUUGAUAAAAUUGCAGUCUCGUUAUUCGUUUUAAAUCCUACUUAAA